AUGGUGACAUCCACGUCUCGACCUCUUGAGUACCUGGAGGGACUUCCAGGUGCUACUUUCCGCCGGCUUUAUAAGCAACCAUCUACAGCUCUUGCGAUUUUUCGGCGCAUGCUGCCUGACCUUGCAAAAUGUUUUGUGAUGGCCUUGCUCUACCUAGAUCCAGAUGAUCCCGUUCCUACAGCGGACCUUGAAAUCUGGGUGAAAGCAGAGAGCAAAAAGCAACGAGAUAACGCGCUUUCCAUCCUCGGAAGACUUCACAUUCUAUCGACUACCCGAACGGCGGAAAAUGCUCGAGCUUACAUGGUCACAAGCGAAUUCGCCUCGUCGCUCCGCCAAGCUCUUACUGGUUCUGAUGACCCCCAAUCAUUUGGUGUCUUUUCAAAUAUCCCCGAUGAAAGGAAAAUCACGAUUGCAGGUUUAGACGAAUACGCUCGAAGGCAAUGGGAAGGAGUUUUGGGAUACAUGGUGGGGACAAGUGCUUUGACAGGAGACAGUGAUCCGGUGAACCUGAGCAGGGGUGUGAAACAGCUGCUUCAGGCGGGUAAUCUCGUUGAGAUCAGAGAUCGCCGCGUAGACAUCACCAAGGAGGGCUUUGGCUUCGUGCUGCAAGAUGUCAAUACGCAGGUCUGGCAUAUCAUGAUUCUCUACGUUGAGAGUGCCGAUUCACUCGGUAUGGACAGCGUGGAGGUUCUGUCAUUUUUGUUCCUGCUCAGCAGUUUGGAGCUGGGCCAGUCUUACGAGAAAAAGCACAUGUCAUCCACCCAACUUCGCACUCUGGCAGACUUGGCAGACUUUGGUAUUAUUUACCAAGAGACUCCCGAAGCAACGCGUUUCUAUCCCACCAGACUGGCCACAACUUUGACAUCCGACUCCAGUGCGCUCGGAACUCCCGGUGCUAGCUCCUUGACUGGACCUACCGGCGAGGGCGCCGGCUCAGGCGGAUUCAUCAUUAUCGAGACCAACUAUCGUCUCUAUGCAUACACCUCAUCUCCGCUUCAGAUCUCCCUUAUAUCCCUCUUCACAAAUCUGAAAUACCGGUUCCCUAAUUUGGUGACCGGUAAGGUUACGCGACAAUCGGUGCGUCGCGCCAUUGAUAUGGGCAUUACAGCCGAUCAAAUCAUUGCCUACUUGAUGUCGCAUGCCCACCCUCAACUACGCAAACAAAAUGCCGCCCAUUCUACAUCCAACACAUCAGGAAUGCCGCCAUCAGUACUUCCGCCUACCGUGACAGAUCAGAUCCGUCUCUGGCAGCUCGAGCGUGAUCGUCUUCGGUCCACGAGUGGCUUCCUGUUCAAGGAAUUCAACAACGCAGCCGAGUACGAGGCGCCAUGUAGGUACGCCGCGGAAAUUGGUGUGUUGGUCUGGAAGUCGGACAAAAAGCGCAUGUUCUUCGUAUCUAGACAUGAGCAGGUGGCUGCAUUUCUAAGACAGAAGAAAUAA